UAUGUCACCGACACCAUACCAUCAAUCAGACCGAAAAAAAGAAAAAUUCUAAAAAUGAGGAGAUUGAGAUUUAAGAUAAAACAUUACCUGCGGAUGUCCAGCGGGCCUGCAAAUCGAAUUCAUGUAUUGAGAACUCUUAUUACAGCACUCGUGAAGUAUGAACGUAUAGAAUUGGGAUACAGGAGAGCUUUUGAGACCCAGAAAUAUGCGGAAAGGCUAAUCCAUGUUGCAAAGAGAGGUGAUACAGAUCCUGAGGCAAUGAAGAUAGCAGAUUUCUGGUUAAAGGAUAAGAAGCAAAUCCACAAGCUUUUCAAAGUACUAGGGCCCCGCUUUGAGGAUACAUCCACAAAUUUCACCCGCCUCCUUCGCAUACCGGGCUUUCAUGAAGACAAGGGCCGCAAGAUGGCUUUCUUGGAGUAUGCAGGAAAUCCAUAUCCACCUCUCACUAACGAGCCCAAGAAAAACCCAGACUGGCUGCUGAAUGUUCUCGUUGAUGGAGCCAUCAAUGAGCUCAAAGACUCAAAAGCCCUGGAAGAGAUUAAAGUCGUUGCUGCAUCAGACAAACAGUAUCAGGACAACCUUGAGGGUAUUCAGUAUGUCGUUGACAUGAUGGCAAUGGCAGAAUUGAAAGAUGGAAGUUCUUUGAAAGCAGGGAAGAAUGAAGGCACUCCUGUAUGACCUCAUAAUCUGUACAAGGAGAAUAUCACUAAACUUGAAUGAAUGUCCCUAGUCUAGCGGUCAAAGGUCAAAUGGGGUGAAAGGUGAAAGAUUUUGGAUAGAACAUUCUUGUUGAAAGUGGAUGAUCAUUCUUCUCGAUGAGAUAAGAUAGAGUGGUAUACAGAGACCUAGAGUCUGUUACAGAAAGGAUUCUGUUUGUAUGCAAUAAGUGUAAGUCCUUAAUACGCAUGUUUCAUUGGUCAAAAUAUCAAGUUGCGUUUGAUUUUGUAAAUUGUAUUUGAUAGCAGCCCUUUCUACAAAGGGCCCAGGGCCCCUUCUUACAAAGUUAUGAUUGAUGCGAUAAAUUUCAAUCAUUGAAAGCCAGUAACAACAUCACCUAAA